AUAAAAUUUCUUAUAGGUGUUCUUUUCAUCAACAUAAUAAGCAAUAAACUAAUUAUCCAACUACUAUUCGAAACUGUAAUGUGUUAGCAAAUAAAUGGAAAAGUCAAUUAUGUAAUGGAAUGCAUAAAUUAUAAUGUAAAUACAUUAAAUUAUUCCUAAAGAAUGUCAACUUUAGGCCGACGUGUAUUUUGUUGUUUAUUCGUGAUGUGGUGGGAGAACAGUGAAAUCUUUACUGUAGCGCGCGAACCAUGAACCAGUAUACGCUUUCUAAUCGUGGAAUACGGACUUAAUAUCAAAUAUAGCUGUAUAAACAUUAAUAAUGUCGUACGAGAAUCUGUUGUCGAUACUAUCUGCUCACGGUCAAGAGCAACUUAUAAAAUACUGGCCGGAACUAAGUGAAAACGAGCGGGAACAGUUAUCUAGUGAAAUUUUGAAUUUGGAUUUCGGAGAAGUGAACGAAAUAUUUAGGCGGGCUAACGAAACAUCGAAGGUGAUAUUCGAUAAGUUGGAUAACGAUUUGAAACCAAUACCACAGACUCAUUAUGAGUCCGUUCCAAAUUUGAAUGUUGAAAAAAUUGAAGAAUAUGAAAAUACUGGCCUAAAAGAAAUUAGCGAAGGUAGAGUCGGCGUUUUAUUGCUGGCGGGAGGUCAAGCAACUAGAUUAGGUUUUGGACAUCCGAAAGGCAUGUAUGAUGUUGGUUUACCAUCUAGGAAGACACUGUUCCAAAUUCAAGGUGAACGAAUUCGCCGCAUCCAAAACAUGGCUACUGAAAAAUACGGCAAAGAAGGUAAAAUUACAUGGUAUAUAAUGACAUCUGAACACACAAUGGGCCCAACAGCAGAAUUCUUCAAAAGCCACUCUUAUUUCGGACUCAAUAAGGAUGAUAUUGUAUUCUUCAAACAAGGUACAUUCCCAUGUUAUGAUUUUAAUGGAAAAGUUAUUCUGGCUAAGAAGUACCAUAUUAACUCCGCUCCAGACGGCAAUGGAGGCCUAUACAGAGCAUUAAAGGCUGAAGGAGUACUCGAAGAUAUCGCAGGACGAGGUAUCAAACAUUUGCAUGCACAUUCCGUAGAUAAUAUUCUAAUUAAAGUCGCUGAUCCUGUGUUCAUAGGUUAUUGUAGUAGUAAGAAUGCUGAUUGCGCUGCGAAGGUGGUAAGCAAGUCAUCUCCGAGUGAAGCUGUCGGAGUUGUGUGCCGUGUGAACGGACAUUACAAAGUGGUGGAAUACUCUGAGCUGACUGAUGAAGCAGCGGAAAGUAGAGAACCAGAUGGCCGACUGACAUUCUCAGCCGGUAACAUAUGCAACCACUACUUCUCAUCAGAGUUCCUUGCGAAAAUCUGCAACUAUGAAUCUAAAUUAAAACUCCAUGUUGCCAAAAAGAAGAUUCCCUACGUAGACGCCAACGGUGUAUGCCAGAAGCCAGCUGAAUCUAAUGGAAUUAAAAUAGAGAAGUUUAUAUUCGACGUGUUUGAAUUCGCGGAGAACUUCAUAUGCCUAGAAGUCGCGAGGGACGUUGAAUUCUCAGCGUUGAAGAAUGCGGAUUCGGCGAAGAAGGACUGUCCGUCCACAGCUAGGGAGGACUUGCUUCGUCUACAUAGAAAGUAUAUACGGCAAGCAGGUGGAGAAAUAACUGAUGACGUUGAUAUUGAGAUUUCUCCAUUGUUGUCGUAUGGUGGCGAGAACAUUGAAGAACUGGUGAAGAAUGAGGUGUUCACAAUUUCUCCAUUCCAUUUGAAGAGUUACGAGGAGGCCGCCACAAACGGGGUGAAUGGUAAACAUUGAUUUUUUUUUCUAAAUUAAAAUUGUAAAAAAAAAAAAAAUGCCACAUCUAUUGCAAAAACUUAUUUUUUAAAAUUCGACUUUGGAUUUAAAACUUUAAAGUGCAUUUUGCAAUGUUUGUAUUUCUUGAGAAGGUGUGCGAUAUUUUUCAUUUGCGAUGAAAUAAAUUCGACCGAUUUGAAUGAUUAUUUCACGUUUAGAAAGCUUCAUUAUUAGCCUAUGACAUGGCUGCAAUU